CUCUAAUUCACUUCCCAUCCCAUCGCCAUGUCUCUCAAUAACAGAAAGCAAGAACGCGACUUUACUGCCGAAGUAAAGGCCCUCGAGCCAGAAGCAGAGCAGCUCACCAAGGAUGGCAAGCUUCAGGAAGCGAUCGACAAAAUCACUCUGCUCGAGAAGCAGACCCGAAACGCCGCCGACAUGUCCUCCACUUCCACCCUGCUCGUCCUGCUCGCCCGUCUCUGCUGGUCCACCCAGGACUUGGACACGCUCAACGCCCAACUGACCAUUUUGGCCAAGAAGCACGGCCAGAUCAAGGAGGCGGUGGUGCGUAUGGUGGAUGAGGCUAUCAAGUGGCUUCCGGAGCUUCGGGCCAGAAAAGACAAGGGGGACUAUAACGGAAAGGACAAGGUGGACAGGUGGUUGGAGCUGGUCAAGACAUUGAGGGAUAUCACGGAGGGCAAGAUCUUUUUGGAACUGCCGAGGGCGCGCUUGACGGGCAUGCUUGCGGCUCACCAUGAGGCGUUGGCCGAGACGGCUCCCAAAGAUGCUCCCGAAUCCUCCAAGGCCUCCAAAGAGAAGGAGAAGGACAAGAAGGAUGCAAAGGAGCCCGCCAAAGAACCCGUGACCGCCAAGGAGCACCUCGACACUGCCGCCGACCUCAUGUCUGAUAUCCAGGUGGAGACCUACUCCUCGAUGGACAAGCGCGAAAAGACCGAGUUCAUCUUGGAGCAGAUGAGACUGGAAAGUCAACGAGGCAAUUGGGUGCGAGUACGCGUGGGAAGCAGAAAGAUCAACAGGGUGUACUUGAAAGACAAGGAAGUGCAGGACAUUAAACUCCGUUUCUACGACCUGAUAGUCCAGCUUGCUCUUCAAGAUGACGAAUACCUUGAAGCUUGCCAGGCCUACCAGGAAGUGUGGGACACUGAAGAAGUCAAGGCCGAUGCGGCAAAGGAGCUCAGUGCGAUUGAAAACAUCAUAAUAUAUGUCGUGCUCGCUUCUUACAACAAUGAGCAAAGCGACAUGAUCCACAAGCUGUAUGCGAACGCGGCUUUGCAAAAGGCUCCCCUGCACUUCGACCUGUUGAAAUGUUUCGUCACCAAAGAGCUCAUGCGGUGGAAGGGUAUCGAAGAUAUCUACGGCACCACCCUCCGCCAAUCGCCCAUCUUUGCUCCUGGAUCUACACUGGGCAAGAAGAUUGGUGUGACGGAAAAGGCCAAGAAGACUACAGAGGAGUUUGAGAACCCAGGAGACAAGAGGUGGGAAGAGCUGCACAAACGGGUCGUCGAGCACGUACGUUGGUGUUCAAAAGUGCCAGGACAUUACUAACGUGGAAUUCAAGAACAUCCGCGUCGUCGCCACCUACUACUCCCGCAUAACCCUCCCCCGUUUGUCCGCCCUCCUCGACCUGCCCCCUCUCACCACCGAACGUACCCUCUGCCAGCUCGUCACCUCCAAAACCGUCUACGCCCGUAUCGACCGCCCAGCCGGCAUCGUCGACUUUAGGAAGAAGCAAAAUGUGAAUGGGACGUUGAACGGGUGGAGUGGAGACUUGGGCAAGAUGUUGGAUUUGGUGGAGAAGGCGAGCCAUUUGGUUAGCAAGGAGUAUGCGAUGCAUGAGGCGGUCAAGGGGAAGAAGGUGGCGGCGUAGAGUGCACAACUGGAGAGGGAAUAGCGGAUUAGAAGUAGAGUUGUACCAAACCAUCAUGAAACGUAUCAUUGAUUAUGAAUGUGAAGAAUGGGUGGGAGACCCUUGGGAGGGAUGCUAGCCAUUGGACCGUGCCAGCGGUGACAUAGGUGGAUCA